UACCCUAAUAUUAAACCAACUCAAAUCUACCUAAGAGUAUCGAAAAUAUCUAAAACCUUACGAAUAGGAAAAUACACUGGAACUAAAAACUAAUUGAAUUUUAUGAAGAACCAGUGAGCAGGAAUGACCCAAUACAAAGAAAUGUUCAGAUAGCAGUUCCAUGCAAACUCUGGUUCGUUCUCUCUCGUCUUCGUGGAGAAGCUAACUAAACGAAAGAAUUUCAUUCCAUUGAUAUCAAAGGCAAUCCUUCAGGUAGGAUGUCUGUCACACUACUUCCCAGCAUAAAUCUCUUUAUCUAUUUAAAACCCUAAACCCUAAAACCUUAAGCCAUAAACUUUAAUAUCUACACUGCACAUCGUGUUUGUUCAGUAAUGAUAGGGGGUCAAAUGGCUGUUCUUAGAACCCUAGUUUUGAAAAAAGUACUUUUGAGGCGUCUGGGUUCAUUAAAAUCUUCAUGUCUGGAACAGCCAUAUUUUCGAGAUUUAGAUGCCUUAGAAUCAUACAUUGUCGGUUUUACUCGUCGGAAAUCACCCUUAAAUCCUGUUCACUACCGUGGAGUUCAUUCAUUAAGCCCUAGUUCAGCUGAUGAAUUGCUAAAUCAAUUGCUGAAAAAAUUGAAAAAUGGAAGGUGUUACUCUGCGUUACAAUAUGGAGAAAAGAGUGCAGAAAUUACGGAGGCUCCAAUCAAUAUACCUGAAAAUGAUAAAAAUCUAGUAAAUAGUAAAGAUUUUGAUAGUUCUGAAGAAAAGAGAAAUAGUGUUAAAAGAGUUAGCGAUGUCCAAUCUCGUGAUCCCGCGGUUCUGUUUCGGGAGAUGUGUCAGUCCACCAGACCUGCGCAGCUAACUCUAUCGGAGAAACAAAAAAUACUAGAGAUUUUGCAGUGGUUCGCUCACUCGGGCUGGGCUUGUAACCAAGCUCUGGCUCUGUAUAUCAAAGAUUCAGUUUUUUCUACAGCUGUGAGCAGUUUCAGCAGGUUUGUUAUCCAACAAGGCCAGAGAGACAUGUUAGAGCAUUUGGUAAGGUUAGGGGCUUCAAAGGAAUCUGUCCAGUUUCUUUUUCCCUUGUUUGCAGAGUUUUGCAUGAAAGAGUUUGAAGAUGAGAUAAGGAGUUUUAGGAGUAUGGUUGGAACUGCAGAUCUGAGGAAGCCACACACCUGGUUUCCGUUUGCACGGGCGAUGAAGAGGAAGAUCGUGUAUCACUGUGGGCCCACAAACAGUGGCAAAACAUAUAAUGCAUUGCAGAGGUUCUUGCAGGCGAAGAGUGGAAUCUAUUGUGGUCCGCUUCGGCUCCUUGCAAUGGAGGUGUUUGACAAAGUGAAUGCACUUGGUGUUUAUUGCAGUCUUCAUACAGGUCAAGAGAAGAAGAAUAUUCCGUUUGCAAACCAUAUUUCAUGCACAAUAGAAAUGGCCUCUACAGACGUAAACUUCGAAGUUGCUGUUUUGGAUGAAAUUCAGAUGAUAAACGAUGAGACUAGAGGGUGUGCAUGGAGCAGAGCUUUGCUGGGGUUAAGGGCCGAUGAAAUCCAUCUAUGUGGUGAUCCUACUGUUUUGAAGCUUGUAAGGGAAAUUUGUAGUAAGACUGGGGAUGAUAUAAUUGUGCAUCAUUAUGGCAGGUUCAAGCCUUUGGUUGUGGAAGCCAAGACGCUUCAAAGAAGUUUUGACCACAUCGAGUCGGGAGAUUGUAUUGUGGCUUUCUCACGAAGGGAGCUCUUUGAGAUCAGAAUGGCAAUUGAGAAGUUUACUAAACAUCGUUGUUGCAUCAUAUAUGGUGCUCUCCCACCUGAGACUAGAAAACAACAGGCAAAUCUUUUUAACAAUCAAGAUAAUGAUUUUGAUGUUCUUGUGGCAAGUGAUGCUAUUGGCAUGGGUCUUAACUUAAAUAUCAAAAGAAUUGUAUUUUAUGGUCUCCAGAAAUAUAAUGGUUUUAGACUGCAACAUGUUCCUGCUUCUCAAGUAAAACAGAUUGCUGGAAGAGCGGGCAGGAGAGGGAGCCCAUAUCCAGAGGGACUGACGACCACAUUCAAGUUAGAAGACUUGGAUUAUCUAAUAGAUUGCUUGCGGCAACCAUUUGAAGAAUGCAAAAGUGCUGGCCUCUUUCCAUUUUUUGAACAAAUUGAGCUAUUUGCCGGGCAGCUUCCAAAUAUUACCUUUGUUGAGCUGCUAGAAACCUUUGCCAAACGUUGUGUGUUGGAUGGAUCUUACUUCCUUUGCAAACAUGAUCAUGUAAAAAAGGUGGCACGCAUGCUGGAAAAAAUACCAGAGUUGUCACUUCGAGAACGGUAUAAUUUUUGCUAUGCACCUGUUAGUACAAGUGAUUCUAAAGCAAUGGCCUAUUUAACAAGAUUUGCUCAACAAUAUGGCAAAAAUCCUCCUGUACGAUUACAAUUAGGUGUGCCUAGAGGAUCUGCACGAAAUGAUCUGGAGCUUUUAGAUCUUGAAACUAAGCACCAAAUCUUAUCGAUGUAUCUAUGGCUAUCUCAUCAUUUCAGGGAGGAGACAUUUCCAUAUAAGGAGAGAGCAGAAAUCAUGGCUAGGGAUAUAGUAGAUCUACUUAACAAGUCUCUUGCCAAAGCGUGCUGGAAACCUGAGUCAAGAAACAGAAAGACAACUCCACCAAAAAAUGUUUCCGCUGUUGGGAGGCAACUUGUGAUUAUAAAAGAGGAGGCACGUAGGCUGGUUGCAUGUUAGGGAGGCAUACAAAGGAUGAAAUUUUCCAAGGACUUUCAGAGGUCAUUAAUAGAUUGCAAUGACUUUUUUGAAAUUUAUGCAAAGAUCCUGUAGACUGAAGUUUCUUUUUAUAAAUUAUAGCUGGAGAAGGUAAAACUCUAUAGAGGGGUGUUCCGUGCUACAAGCAAUUAUCUGCUGCUCGUUCAGGAUACAGAUUUUGUAAUGGGCAAAAUGUUAAUGUUGUCGGAAAGUCUAGCUCACAUCUGUUGUAUGAGAAUAUUGAAGAUCCUUUUGUUUUUAUAAAGUGGUGUUUCCUGCAAUUUUUAUACGUCUUGAAAAUAUGAUGCACAUCUGAUAAGUACAAGGAUGUGUUGCACAUCCGCCUUGAAUACCUGUGUCAUGAAUCACUGUAGAGAGAAAAUCAUCAAACACAAUAUGUGAACUCUGUUAUAGAGCUAAAGAUAGUUGAUGCCCUGUAUAUCGGAUAAUAAUGCAACUGGAUAACUUAGCAUUAUGUAUUUUUGCACGCAUAUUUGCUCAAAGUAUCUGCUGCUCGUUCAGGAUACAGAUUUUGUAAUAGGCAAAAUGUUAAUGUUGUCUGAAAGUCUAGCUCACAUCUGUUGUAUGAGAAUAUUGAAGAUCAUCUUGUUUUUAUAAAGUGGUGUUUCCUGCAAUUUUUAUA